AUGGCUGACAUUGUGAGUGUCUGUGCUUUUGCGUUUCGCGUGUGCUCCUCGUCUCUCACUCUCCGUCUGUUCUCGAUCUGUCUCUCUUGCUAUCUGUCUCUGGCUCUGGCUCUGGCUCUGGGCGUUGUCCUGCUGUGUUCGCCUUCCCGUCAUCACUGGGCAACCGAAACGCAGCAGCACGAGGCGGACGUGGACUUUGAGGACGAGUCCACAGCGGCAGCACCAUCCGCAGUCCCGAUGAGCCUGAGCACAACGCACCCGCUCAGCCAGCCAUACACACUGUGGUUUACACGACGCGCCAAUCUCAAGGUCGACAAGUACGCGGACAUUGUCAAGCCAGUCGCCGACAUUCGCACGCUCGAGGACUUUUGGGUUGUCUACUCGUUCUUGACGAGGGUGGGCGCACCGCAAAGUACCAAUCUGUGUGACUUGCAUUUGUUCAGGGAAGGUAUCAUGCCGUUCUGGGAGGAUGACGCAAACCGAAAAGGUGGGAAAUGGAUUUGUCGGCUGAAGAAAGGACUUGCCCCGCGCUUGUGGGAGGAUUUGCUGUUGGCAGUGCUUGGAAACCAUUUCCCGAGUGGAGACGAAAUUUGCGGCUACGUUGUGUCCAUCCGCCUCAACGAAGACAGUCUUGCUGUCUGGAACCGAAAUGCAGACAAGCCGGAAGCCAGCUAUCCCAUUCGUGAUGCGCUGAGACGCGUUCUCGCUCUACCUUCGACAACAAUCCUCGAGUAUAAAAACCAUGACCAAAGCUUGCGGGAUCACACCAAGAUUCGAGGACCAGAUAACAAGCAAUAGCCGACCUGUCUCUUGAAUGAAUGUUUGCAUAGAAUGUGGGAUUUCGAUGAAACUCUCUGCUAGUUUAUGUAUAUUUUUUAAACAUUCAAACUCUACAUAUGUGUGGGUGCGUCGGAGGACGUCGGAAAAUGAAAAAAAUCGAUAAAAC